UUCCCUUUCGUACCAUCACUCUGCUUUUUCCAUCUAUCUAUCUUUCUUACACCUCCUGCAGGUUACUCCCAUCCUGGAAGACGGCGGGUUUCACAGCGCAGCUGCGGGUCUCCACACUCCGAGACAAUAAAGAACCUCCAGAAACACCUGGAUCCAGGUUCUGUGUAACUUUCUUUUCUAAAUUUUGACGAAAAAUUAUACAGAAGACAGAGAACAGACCCUACUCAUGGAAGCUGUUAUAAAUUUUGCAGGGGACAAUGACAUGUCCUAUGAGGAUGCUGAAUCACCUCCAGCAUCACCAUUCAACAUGCCUUUUCCUGAACGUACAGGGAGUUAUGACUUGGAGCAGAAAAGAAAGGAACAGCAGGAGGGGCAACCUGCUGAGAACUACAUCAUCAGCACACACCCAGAUGCGGCCUGGAACAGCAACACCAACGCCACCACCAGAGGCGAUGCUCAGUCAUAUGUAGAGUUGAACGAGCUGUUGGGGGUAAAAUGGCAGGAGACCGGUCGCUGGGUGGGGUAUGAAGAAACAUUCAAUCCAACCAGUGGGAAAUGGGGGUCCUCACACAUUUCCUGUCUCACCUUCAGAAGCCUUAUUCAGCUCCGCAAGGUCAUGAGCACAGCGGCGGUGCUGUUGGACCUAAAGGAAAAUGACUUCACAGUUAUUGCUGAGAGGAUCGUAGAUGGACUUCUGACAAAGAAUGAAAUUCGGAGCUCAGAUCAGGAAGACUUGCUGAAGGCACUGUUAGAGAAGCGCAGUCAGGCUGAUGGCACCCAGGUUACCUCAGGAGGCAUUGAGAUGCAGACCUUCUCUGUCACCAAACAGAGAGACACAUCUGAUGACAUAGAGGCAUCUAUUGUGUUAUCAGGUGCGGUGGACUUUCUGCAGAAGCCGGUCGUGGCAUUUGUGCGACUGCAUGAUUCUGUGGUGAUGGACGGGAUUAUGGAGGCUGCACUGCCUGUGCGCUUUAUAUUUGCCCUGUUAGGCCCUACUGAGAGCGGCAUAGAUUUCCACGAGAGUGGACGAGCCAUGGGUACACUCCUGGCUGACUGGGUCUUUUGCUUGGAGGCUUAUCUUGCUGAUAGUGAAAAAGAGCUGACCAAUGCCAUUGCUGACUUUAUGGACUGCAGCGUUGUAAUCCCGCCCACUGAGAUCCAGAGCGAGACCAUGCUCCAGCCAAUCAUCCGCUUCCAAAAGAAGAUGCUACAUGAAAGACUCCGCCCUGCUGACACCCGAAUCCUAUUAGGAGCAAAACCUAAAGCAGAGCAUGAGCAGCCACGGGAUGAUCCAUUGGUGCGAACUGGAAUUCCAUUUGGUGGAAUGGUCAAGGAUAUCAAGCGUCGUUACCGCCAUUACCUGAGUGACUUCAUCGAUGGUUUAAAUCCCCAGGUGUUUUCUGCCAUAAUUUUCAUCUAUUUUGCUGCCCUUUCUCCUGCUAUUACCUUUGGAGGACUUCUGGCGGAUAAGACAGAAGGAUGGAUGGGAGUGUCAGAGCUUUUGAUCUCCACUAGCGCACAGGGAAUCUUUUUCUGCCUAUUUGCUGCCCAACCAGUGCUGGUCAUCGGCUUUAGUGGGCCACUGCUGGUGUUUGAAGAAGCGUUCUUUGAAUUCUGUAAGUCGCAGGGCUACGAGUACAUUGUGGGUCGUGUAUGGGUUGGAAUGUGGCUGAUCAUCAUUGUGUUGAUUGUCGUCGCGGCUGAGGCUAGUUUCCUCGUCCGCUUCAUCUCUCGUUUUACACAAGAGAUCUUCUCCAUUCUCAUCUCCCUGAUUUUCAUCUAUGAAACCUUUUACAAGCUAUUCAAGAUUUUCCAAGCUCAUCCUCUGCAGCUAAACUACCCAGAUCCUACAAACAACACCACAAAAGUCAAGAAUGGACCCUACGCCAACACUGCACUGCUCUCUAUGUGCCUGAUGCUGGGCUGCUUUUUCAUUGCCUACUUCUUCCGUCAAUUCAAGAAUAGCAUCUUCCUCCCAGGCCCUAUUCGCCGCAUGAUUGGAGAUUUUGGUGUUCCCAUUGCCCUCUUUCUCAUGGUUGCAGUUGACUUCAGCAUUAAUGAUGUUGAAACACAGAAACUGACUGUCCCAAAGGGUCUGAGUGUGACCAACACUGCUGUCAGAGGCUGGUUUAUCAACCCACUGGGAGUAAAGAAUACAUUCCCUAUUUGGCUCAUGUUUGGCAGUGCCAUUCCAGCUUUACUGGUCUUCAUUCUCAUAUUCCUUGAGUCCCAGAUCACCACGCUGAUUGUAAGUAAACCAGAGAGGAAGAUGGUGAAGGGCUCUGGCUUCCAUUUGGAUUUGCUUCUCAUAGUGGUGAUGGGUGGAAUUGCCUCCCUUUUCGGUUCCCCCUGGCUUAGUGCUGCAACGGUGCGAUCUGUCACCCAUGCUAAUGCCCUCACUGUCAUGUCCAAAGGCCCUAAACCAGAGAUUAGUAAGGUGCUGGAGCAGAGGAUUAGUGGGAUUUUGGUGGCUGUAUUAGUUGGUGUGUCCAUCUUUAUGGAGCCCGUCCUCAAGUUGAUUCCCAUGUCAGCUCUGUUUGGCAUCUUUCUCUACAUGGGUAUUACCUCUCUAAGUGGUGUUCAGCUGUGGGAUCGCGUUCAGCUAUUGAUUGUGCCCAAAAAAUACCACCCGUCUCAUCCCUACGCCACUCGAGUAAAAACUUGGAGAAUGAACCUCUUCACCUUUAUCCAGCUGGUGUGUUUGGGCGUCCUUUGGGCGGUGAAAUCCACCAAAGCUUCAUUGGCUCUGCCGUUUGUCCUCAUUCUUACCGUCCCUCUUCGUAUUCUCUUGACUGGGCGCCUCUACACUACCACAGAGAUGAAAUGCUUGGAUUCGGAUGAUGCCAAGGUGACAUUUGAGGAGGAGCAGGGAGUGGAUGUAUAUGACGAGUGUCCCUUCUCAUAAAUGACUUCUUGCAUAUCAUGGAACCUGUGAGCUUCAGCAUCAUGCCUUAAAGUCUGUCCAGUGCCUUCAUUAAAGUAUCACAGGAAUUACA